UAAACCAUGGAAUAUAUAUGAUAAAAAAAAGUAUAUGAUAAAUUUGACAAAAUGGGUAAACCAUGGAACAUUUAGGGUAAAACCCAUUUAUUUUAAGUAUCUGCAUUUGCUUGUUCUGCAAGCAAGAGCUUUGGUUCAAAGAGAGAGUUGGCAUUAGAGCAGGGCCUUCUUCUGCUGCUAUCCUUUCCUUGAUAGCUCAGGCUGUUGAGUUUGACGUAGGAUUCUCUUUUUAACUAUGUCUUCUAGGCUCUGUAUUUUAACUCAGUUCAAGGGAUGCCUUGGAAGGGAACCUUUUUGUUCAUUUCUUGGGUUCUUGUGGGUUUAUAUUCGUGUUAUCGUCCGCCUCAUGAUGGAGAAAUUAAAGGAAAAAUGCGGGGCCCUUUUCAGUAGCAGAGGUUGCCUUGGAUGCUGUUCUGAAUACCCAUUGAUCCUUGGUGAGGACAGGCCUCUAAAGGAAGUGAGAAAAAGCCAAAGUGAAACUGUGAAGAAACCUGGCAUUGCAGAUGAUUUUUGGAGCACUAGCGCCCAUGAAAUGGAUUUGUCUCACAGAAGCUUGUCAUCAGCAAACACAUCAAGUCAGACCCUUGAUUCUCAGCAUAAUGCAGGUUCCACAAGCAAUUCACCUGAGUUCGUUAACCCUGGUCUUAUUCUCUGGAACCAGAUGAGGGAACAGUGGACUGCAAAUAAGAGAACUCAGAAUGAAAAACAAGUUAGAGAACCCAGAAUAAGUUGGAAUGCAACUUACGAGGGCCUGCUCGGCACGAACAAGCCUUUUCCUCAGCCUAUCCCGCUCUCAGAAAUGGUAGAUUUCCUUGUUGAUGUGUGGAAGCAGGAGGGCUUCUAUGAUUGAUGGAUUAGCAAAGGCAAGAAGGAAUGGGAGAUUUGUCGUGUUGAGGGCUGUUUGGGUCUUUUUUUUUCUUUAACAGGAAAUAAAAUUUCUAAUGAUAGAUGCAUAAUUUUUCCUUCAUGUUGCUAAAAGAGUCCGCAAUUCCUUUAAUCCGAAGAGCCCGCAAUUCAAUUCCCGGUUGUGCCCUGUGGUUGGGGGAAUUAGUGCAGCAAAUAAUCACAGAUAUGUCAGGUUAGGUUCGAAGGAAUCAAAACCGAAUGAAUUGGAGUCUGCGUACAAAGUUAUCGCACUUUAUAAGUUUAUUCCAUUUCCAUUCCAUGAUAA